UCUGUUGAAUAACACAACCGGAGCUUGCAAAAGGCAUACCAACAUGAAAAGGAGGACACGAACCAACCUGGUUUGUUCUUUUUUCUUGCUUAUUUCUUUAAGCAUUAAUCUUUCCCUGGUCAUGGGGCAGAAGUCACAGAACACAACAAUCCCAGUGAAAGUUGGUGUGGUUCUUGAUGACCUUGAUUCAUCAAGUACAAAAGUUUGGUUGAGCUGCAUCGAAAUGGCCCUCUCCGACUUUUAUACCUCCCGUGCUUCCUCUUCAACUAGGCUGGCCUUGAGCAUUAGAGACUCGAGAGAAGACGUUGUCGAUGCAGCUGCUGCAGCUUUAGACCUGAUAAAGAAUCUUCAAGUGCAAGCAAUCUUAGGACCGAAAUCAUCGAUGCAAGCCAACUUUGUAAUUGAUCUUGGAGAGGAAGCCCAAGUGCCCAUAAUGUCAUUUUCAGCUACAAGUCCUUCCCUCACUUCAAUUCGGAGUCCAUAUUUUUUCCGAGCUGUGCAAAAUGAUUCCUCUCAAGUCAAAGCUAUAAGUGCUAUCAUCGAGGCCUUUGGAUGGAGAGAAGCGGUGCCAAUCUAUGUGGACAACGAAUACGGUGAGGGAAUAAUACCUUACUUGGCCGAUGCCUUGCAAGAAGUUGAAGCUCGUAUCCCGUAUCGAAGUGUCAUACCUCCAGAGGCCAGUGAUGUUCAAAUUGAGGCAGAGCUUUACAAGUUAAUGACGAUGCAAACUAGAGUCUUCAUUGUGCACAUGUUGCCCUCUCUUGGUAAUCGCCUUUUCGCCAAGGCGCAAGAGAUGGGAAUGAUGGAUGAAGGCUAUGUUUGGAUCAUGACUGGUGGGCUAACCAAUCAUAUAACAGCAAUGAGUUCUUCAGUGAGGACUUAUGUGAUGGAAGGUGCAUUGGGCGUGAGGACUUAUGUGCCCCAAACGGUGGAGCUUAAGGAUUUUAGAGUUCGAUGGAAAAAGAAAUUUCAAAUGGAAAAUCCAAGCAUAAUUGAUGCUGAACUAGAUGUUCCUGCACUCCGGGCUUAUGAUGCUGCUUUUGCAUUAGCCAUGGCAGUUGAAAAUGUCGGGACUAGGAACUUUGGCUUCGAAAAGAUCAAUGGUUCCACCAACUCAUCAACUGAUCUUGAAGCUUUGGGGCUCUCUCAAAAUGGUCCAGAACUUUGCAAGUCCUUGGCAAGUACUAAAUUUAUAGGCCUCGCUGGGGAUUUCAGUUUUGUUGAUGGACAAUUACAACCUUCCAUCUUUGAAAUGGUGAAUGUUAUUGGUCAUGCAGCAAAACCAAUUGGGUUUUGGACACCACAGGGUGGACUUGUGAAAAAAUUGAAAUUCACCAACACAGAAAAUACUACAUAUUCAACUUCUAAAUCGAAUCUGGGACCUAUUUUAUGGCCAGGAGAUUCUACCUCGGUUCCCAAGGGAUGGGAGAACCCGACAUAUGGCAAAAGGUUGAGAGUAGGAGUUCCCGUAAUUGAUGGUUUUGCUGAUUUUGUGAGGGUGGUACCUGAUCCUAGCAACAAUACAACCGAAGUUUCCGGGUUCUGUAUCGACGUCUUUGAUGCUGCAAUGCGAAAAUUGCCAUAUGCUGUUUCUUAUGACUUGAUUCCCUUUGCAAAGCCUGAUGGUACAAGUGCUGGCACUUACAGUGAUUUGGUCCAUCAAGUUUUUCUUGGGAAAUUCGACGCGUUGGCAGCGGACACAACAAUUAGAGCAAACAGGUCUAUGUAUGUGGACUUCACAUUGCCAUACACGGAAUCAGGAGUGGUAAUGGUAGUGCCAAUGAAAGACGGCAAGAGCAAAAAUGCAUGGAUCUUCUUGAAGCCUUUGACAUGGGACCUCUGGCUGACAAGUUCUUGCUUUUUUAUCUUCAUUGGUUUUGUGGUUUGGGUUCUUGAACACCGUAUUAACGAAGAAUUUCGAGGGCCUCCCUUGCAUCAAGUCGGGACGAGCUUUUGGUUCUCCUUCUCGACCAUGGUUUUUGCACACCGUGAGACGGUGAUUAGCAACUUGGCAAGGUUUGUGGUGAUUGUAUGGGUGUUUGUGGUGCUGGUACUGACUCAAAGUUAUACAGCCAGUUUAACUUCUCUAUUAACAGUUCAACAACUUCAGCCAACUUUUACGAAUUUAAGCGUUCUUAUAAAGAAUAAGGAGUAUAUCGGGUACAUUAAUGGUUCUUUUGUCCGCGAACUUCUGAUACAAAAUGGUGUUGAUCCCUCCCAAUUAAGGCCUUAUAAUUCUUCAGCACAAUGUAAUGAAUUUUUAACAAACGGUGGUGCAAAAGGAGGUAUUGCUGCUGCUAUUGAUGAAACCCCCAACAUGAAGCUUUUUCUCGCAAAAUAUUGCUCUACAUACACCAUGAUUGGCCCCAUAUUCAAAACUGAUGGCUUUGGCUUUGUCUUUCCAAAAGGUUCACCUCUUGUGUCGGAUGUUUCGAGGGCAAUUCUCAACGUGACUGAGGGAGAUGAGAUGAAGGACAUUGAAAACAAAUGGUUCACACCAGAUACCACAUGUUCGGAUACAAAACCGACCAUCUCUAAUUCCAACAGUCUUGGCCUUGAUAGCUUUUGGGGUCUCUUCCUCAUUGCCGGGGUCUCUUCAAUAUCAGCUCUUAUCAUAUUUGCAGCCUCCUUCUGUUAUAGGCAUCGGCACAUUUUCAUGACAACGGACGCCUCGGGAUGGAAAAGAAUUAGGGCCAUGCUUAGAUUCUUUGACCAAAAAGACCUCAGCUCUCAUACUUUUAGACAGAGUGGCGCUCGAGAUGGAACAUCCUAUAAUGUUGAAGCUGCAGCUGUUGAGGCUUCACCAAACAAUAACACCACCUGCCCACCAAGCCCUGAAUCAGGCCGUUCAAACGAUGCAGAUCAAGACUCACAUUUCUUCAGAGAGCAAGGAACACCUGUUGGUGAAAUACCAAAUACUCCUGAAGGAGCUCAGGAAACCAAUAAUUAAUUAACAUUUACAAGUUUGUAAAUUUUUUGUAUGAUAAUAAUAUAGUCACCCAUGUAUAUAUUUCUGUGAGGUCGAUUUAGGUCAAGUUAGUGUUGCUAAAGUUUGGGUCUUUAUUAGUUGAAUCUUCAAUACUCUGGGAGGGGGAAGAUUAAUAUGGUAUAUAUAACCUUUUGAGAGAUUAUGUUAAUUAAUUUGUUUUAUAUGUACACCUCAAGGCAAUAUAUUUAUA